UGAGAAAGAGAAGGCGAGGCCAGCACGACAGAAGCUUCUAAUUCAUCACUAAAUUAUUGAGAAUCUUGAAAUAAAGAUGCAGAGAAGAAGACAAGAACUAUGGAAGAAUUCCCGAGCCCGCCAAUGGUCUCCUGACGAAGUUUGUCCGAAAGAGGGACAAGAAUAACAAGAAAAAGAAAAAGGAAGCUGCUUUCGCGGGGAGAGAGAGCAGGGGGAGAUGAAGGAGCAAAUCAUGGGGAGUCCUUUGAGGAUGAGAUCGUACGAGAGCACUCCGGAGAGGCCCUUCUCCGUGUCCGAACCGGUCAGCGUGCUCCAGAGCCCCUCUUCUUCAGAUGGCUUCAACUCCUUCAAGAUCGAUGAAGAGGAGAUCUACCCGGGGCACCAGAGAAAGUUAGGCAGGAAGAGCAGCAGCUUCACCUUCCGGGUCCGCGACCACGUGAAACUGGGGCCAAAGUUGUCGGAGACUGUGAAGGGCAAGCUGAGAUUGGGGGCGAAAAUUGUGCAAGGAGGAGGGAGGGAGAGCAUAUUCAAGCGGGUGUUCGGGAUGGAGGAAGGAGAGGAGUUCCUCAAGGCCUCGCAGUGCUACUUGUCAACCUCUGCUGGUCCAAUCGCUGGCCUCCUCUUCAUCUCCACCCAGAAGAUUGCCUUCUGCAGUGAGAGAUCCAUAACCUUUCCUUCCCCUAAUGGGAAGCUCGUUCGAUCACCUUACAAGGUUCUGAUACCGACAGAGAAGAUAAAGCGAGCGAACCGGAGCGAGAACGUGAACAAUCCAGCGCAGAAGUACAUAGAAAUACUCACAGAAGACGACUACGAGUUCUGGUUCAUGGGGUUCUUGAGGUACGAGAAGGCCUUCAAGAAUCUCGAGAAGGCCAUGACAGUGGCUAAUCGGAUGUAGACGAAGGCAAAAAGAGAUGAUCUGGUUCGACUUUAGGGAAAUUAGGGGACUCCUCUGUGCCAGUGUCGCGUGUUUGGGAUGCAGGGCGUGGGAAGAAUGCCCCGCAGUAGAAAAUCCAAUUGUGUUACCAGCACCAAGCACUUUUUGAUGGGUGGAUUUAUGUGACUACUUUCUAGUGCCCAAAAUAUAUUCAAAUCAAACGCUAUGCAA